GACUUCUGAUUUCAUGUUAAAGUACAGCUUCGAUAAAGUUAUGGAUGAUGUUCAACUACUUGUAUCUCGAUUGCGUGCACGUGAAGAGUCGGUCGAUUUAUUAAGACAACAGCUAUGUAAAUUACAAGCACAGUUACUGAGUAUGCGACAGUGUCAAGAAACAAUUCUUGAGUUUGAUGAAUUCUCUAAACGGGUCUCUAAUCAACCAAAAGGUCCACUGAUUAUCUGUCUUGCAGCUGAGAACAAACAACUAGAACAGUUGAAAAUUGAAAAUAAAACAUUAAGAAAUUCCCUUGAUGAACAUCAAACUGCUUUAGAUAUGAUUAUGACUAAAUAUCGUGGACAAAUUUCUAAACUAAUGAGAACCUAUCAAGUUGAACAUCUUGUUCAAUCAGUUAUAAAUCCCGAUAACAGCGAAAAUCGGUGUAUAAAAUCUUCAUACCCGGAUCCAAAAUUAAUUAAUACACGUUCAACUAAUUCCAUUGAUUCACAAUCUGUAUCACAAAAAUCAAAUUCCGGUAAAGUUGAUGAGAUAACAGAUAAUAUAACCCAAUCAUUAACUGAACAAUUUACUACGGUAGCUUCUAUUGUCCGUGACGUUACUGACCGUGGUGAUGCAUAUGCUGCAGAAUUAGAAGAAGAAUUACACCGAUUAAGAUCUGAAAAUGCUGGUCUUCGAGAAAUUUUAAUGAUAUCUUCUGAUUGUUGUCCUGAUACUAAUUCUAAUGAUUAUGUUCUUCCACCUGUAUCUUUACCAAAUAAAGAUUCUAUACAACAUGAAUCAUCUUCAUUAUCAUCUGUUCAGUCAGGACGAUUUCAUUUUCUUGAUGAAGAUUCUAGUUCAAUUCAUUUACCUGGUAUUGAUGAAUGCUUGAGUAGUGUUAAUGUCAAUGAAGAUUCAUUUUUAUACAAUAUUCCUAAUCCUUCUGAUGAUAGCAGUAAUAGUGAUACAAUUAGUGGUAAUCACUCAGAUGAGGAUAGUGAUGAAGAUGAUAGUACAGUUUAUGAGGUUGCUAUGAAACAAAUGAUUAACUCUCUAUAAUUUUCAUGUUCAUUUGUCGUCAUGAAAUUCAUUAGCUUUUAUCUUAUUAAUGAUAUUAUUUCUUAUGUUGAAUGAAUGUCUUACAUAGAAUGAAAAUAGUUUUCAACAUUUAAACAUUUCGUUUACACUUUAUCUUCUCUCUUUAUUUUUGACUGAGAGAUUUUGGUUGUCCGGUUUAAAAUAAGUAAAUAAUUUUUGUGUUUUGUAUUGGAGAAAUGACCAAUUCCCAAGUUAAUAUACUCAUUUAUAUGAAAGAACAUCACAAAUUGAAAUAGUGUAUACACCUUUUUUUCUCCUAAAAUAUAAAGUAAUUCGUUCUUAAUACAGAAUCGAAAAAUGCUUCAAAUAACACUAAAUACUGUUUAUUAAUUUCUGUAUUAAUUUAUUUUAAACAUUCUAAAUGAAACUGUUAUUUGUAAAAAUAAACAACAACAACAACAGUCGAUUGGUUUCUAUUGAAUAGUUAAAUUGUGGAAAUAUGAAAACAAUGCAUUGUAUUAUCCUUUUUGGCAAUGUGAAUAACACGUUUAAAUUUAGAAUAUAAAGAACUAAUGAAUUUUAUUAGCUUCUUACUGAUUUAUGUGAUUGACAAUUUCAAUUAUUAACAAAACAAAACUAUUCUAGGUGUCUAUUGAAAAGAAAAU